AUGGAAGGACUGAGGAAGCUAGGGCAGGUACAAAAGCUAUUAGAGUUGAUGCAAUCCCAGGGCAUCAUCAAUUCUUCCAGCAACACCACCAAUGCCGACUCCGAGCGUUUCCUUGCAAAUCUCUUUCUCCUAAUGAUCCAGCCAUGUGGCGAGCUUGAUAUGAAUACAAAGUGCCAAUUGGUUUCUGAACAUUUGCCCAAGAUUUCAGCUGCUUUUCUUGAGGAAGCAUUGCAGUGUCUCAGUGAAGAAGGCCAUGAACCAGCAGAGACUGUUUUCCCCCUCUAUUGUGAUAAAAAAGCAGGUCUUGAUUCAUUGCAAAAUGACUCUGACAGUAUGGGUAUGGUUGGGCUGGAUGCAAUGCAACGAGCAAAUUCUACCUUAGAAGAUUUUUGCAGAUCUUACUUUAUGUUUCACGAGAUGGAUGUGAACCAGCCACAGUCAAUAUUCAGAUACCUACCCAUUCUUUCAUUCACAGAAGGUUAUAUAUAUCAGUUGGAUAGCCUAAAUGAGAAAUCACUGCAAUUACCAAUCAGUGGAGUUCCUGACAGCGAACUUGGUCUGGAAGCAAAUCAGAGCUGGAUUGUUCAGUUCAUGAAGCUGUUUGGAACCGAGCCCUUCAGACCACAUCUUGUUCUUCUUGAGCAGCAUGGACUUUUGACUGGAAGGAUAAGAGAAGAAUUUAGGUUUGGAGAAGAGUACUGGGCUCUAGAAAGAAAGCUCUGCAGUGCACUAAUGAGCAAACAGGAGGUUUCAGUUGAAGAUGUGAUGAGGGCAAUUCAUCUCAAAUCAUUUGACUAUCGAGUGCUGAAUCUGCUGUUGUAUCAGUUGAGAGGAGAAGAGGUUAAUGAAUUGCACAUGGAAUUUCUAUCAGUUUCAGAAUUCCUUGUUGAGAUAUCUGAUGACUUGUUUGACUAUGAGGAGGAUGUCUUGGAGAACAAUUUCAAUAUUUUGCGCAUGCUUGUCAGAAUAUAUGGGGCUUCCACAGCACCAACCAUGCUGGCAAGACUUAUAUCUGAAGCCGAAGAGAAGUAUGAUCUAUUACUGAAAUCCUUGGAUCCCAAACUUUCCAUGAAUUAUCAGAAAAGAUGUGAAGAAGCUACUAAAGAAGGUGGAAAGAUAACUGGUCCUUCUUUUGGAACAUGGAGUAUCCCACCUGUAAUUGAAGAUGAGGAUUCAUAUCGAUCCAAAAUUUCAAAUUCUAAGCAAUCUGUUGUAUCUGGGGACACAUUUCUGACGUUGCAAGUAUCUGAUUAG